UAUUGUAUAGUGAAAUAUUGUGAAGGUAUCCGUUCUUCUUGAGAUUAUGAGAUAUCAUUUUUUAAUAAUUACAGCCCUUCUUAUUGGAGUUGUCACACUAUUAUUCGCACUGCGAUGGCGGGACUACAUAAAGGACGCAAUGAAGAAACGGUCAAGGUUCAUUGAAUUUGCAAAGAAACUGCCGGGGCCACCAACACUGCCUUUCUUUGGAAAUGCACUGACAUUCUGGGAGACAGAUAGAACUGUCAUCACUUUGCUGGAUAUUCAUCGUAAAUUGAAUAAAUCAAUAUUUAAAUUCUGGCUCGGACCCAGUUUGAAAAUUGUAGUGACCGAUCCUGAUGAUUUUGAGAUUCUUCUGAAGUCUCCACAUGCUUCCAAAAAAGACGACCUUUACCUGUGCAUGGAACCUGCGAUUGUCAAUGGCCUUAUCAAUUCAAAUUUAGGCAGUUACCGACUACACAAGAAAAUCCUGACUCCUAUAAUCAAUAGCACCGCAUCAGUGAGUCGACAUGCUGAGAAAUUUAAUUACCACGCAUCUAUUCUUGUCGAUCGUCUAAAAGAAAAAUGCGGCAAAGAGGAGUUCGAUGCACAUGAUUACAUCGGCUUCUGCGUUGGAGAUAUUGCUUUUGAAACCUUGACGGGACUGGCAGGAAAAGGACAACUGGGAGAGCCCAGUCCUUUUUAUCACCUCAGUCAAGAGGGUUUGCAUAUAUUGACAUAUAGAAUGAUGAGACCGUGGCUGCAUCCGGAUUUUAUAUUUCGUUUGACAAGGAGCGGACGGAAAUUCUACAAAAUUACUAAAGAAGCGCAUGCGUUCGUUGAUUACUUCAUAGCCGAGAAAAUAAAGAAUUACGAUCCUAUGCACGAGGAGGAAUUGCACACCUACAAACCCGUAAUCGACACUUUGAUCGAUCAUAUGAUGGUAUCAAAAGACUUGACACCCGAAGAACUUCGAUACGAAUUCGUCACGCUGUUCGUCGCGAUGUUCGAAACUGUUGAGGGGGUGAGUUGUCUGAUACUAUCGAUGAUAGCGAUGUACCCAGAAGUUCAGGAGAAGAUCAGACAAGAGAUAAAUAAUGUUUGCAAAAGCGAUUAUAUAUCUGAGUCUGAAGUAUCCGAUCUGGUAUAUCUCGAAAUGGUCAUCAAGGAGUGCUUGAGAUUAUUCCCUGUGGGACCAGUUUUACCGCGAAAAAUCACCGAGGACAUCAAACUCUCGACAUGCACCGUUCCAAAAGACAUUUCAGUAUUUAUGCUGAUAUUUUCGACGCAUAGAAACCCAAAAUACUGGAAGGACCCUGAGAAAUUCAUUCCUGAACGUUUUGCCCCGGAGAAUUCGAAGGAUCGUCACCCGUAUCAAUAUCUCCCCUACAGUUCUGGGUUGAGAAUGUGUCCAGGCCCUAAAUAUGGCGUAGUGUGCGCUAAAAUUCUAAUGGCUAAAAUCUUGAGAUCGUAUUACUUGACUUCCACAAUGACGCUCGACACAAUAAGACUACACACACAUCUAUCGACGAGAUUCACGGAUGGAUACUGGAUCAAACUUACGGAAAUUCAAGCCUAAGUUUUUUUCGACGAUUUCCCUUUGUAUAAAGAUCCUAUUUUUAUCAUUUGGA